CUUUUCAUAUUACUUCAAGUGUGAUUUUAAAGUAAAAGGGGGCAGACGGUACUUCCAACAUUAAUUAUAAUUGUUUCAUAUUUACAAAGAAUAACUGCCAUGCUAUAUACCCACGUGAUGAAAAUCCGGUAUGCCUGUCGCGUAGCGUGGCCAUUUCUCGCGGUGUCCAACCUCCCUCUACACCGUCCUGGUGGAUCGAGUGAGUGAAGGUGAGGUGACACACAGGUGAUAUUCGUUAAGAUUUCAUGUACGAUAAUAAUUAUGAAGCUAUCAAUGACCGGGUUUAGUAGCGAUGCUACUCAGAGAUGUAUCGACAUGAUGUGAAGUCACAUUCAGCUGACAAUUCUGCCGUGGUGUUGUUUAGCUUCACGUUUGUGUCGUCCACUCCGAUCCGACGUGUGACCUACUGUACUUUCCUCAUGUACACGGGACCAUCUAUUACUAGUAUAACCUGACCACGCUGAUCUGUGUGUUGUCAUUACGAUACACGGACUCGAGGGUUGAGCCUUAUGUCUUUAAUACCUACAUGUUUAUAUUAUCCAUUUUGAACACCAACAAUACGUUUUGUAAUAUGGCAGGUUUUUUUUCUCUCUGGGCGACAGAUAACAAUCCCAUUUCGUUGUGUAAAGAGAGCCAUUGAGGUCAGCGCAUUGUCUGCGCGACAAUAGACUUUCAAGAUGGCGACGUCCCAGAAACUGAAGGAGCAUUUUCUCACAUGCACCAUAUGUACAGAGGUGUUUGACAAUCCUUGCACCCUUGUGUGUUACCACACCUUCUGUCGGAAAUGUGUCGUCAACUACACCAAAACCAGACCAGAAGCCAUCAGUGCCAAGUCUCUGCUGUGUCCUUUCUGCAGCAAGAUGACGAAAGUGUCUGCCCCUGAGAGGCCAGUGGAGGAGUGGGCGGAUGGCGUCAAGCCUAGCUUUGUCAUCCAGGGACUUCUGGACUCGUUUGGUCCUGGAUCCAGAGGUACAACUUACUGCACCUGUUGUCAUGCAGAAGGGGAGACAACUCCAGCAACUGUGUGGUGCGCGAUAUGUGAUGAAUCCCUGUGUCACCGAUGUGCAAGGAUGCAUACACGUUUCCCAUCCACUCGUCAUCAUGAUGUACUUGACCUGUCUGGAGAGGUCAAUAUCUCAAGGAAGCGAAACGUCAUGUGUAAUGAACACAAGGAAGAAUGCAUCAAAUUCCUGUGCAAAGAUUGCAAGAAAGUCACCUGUCAGAUCUGUUGUGUUAUCUAUCACAGGAAAUGUGACUCAGUUGUCACACUUGAGUCGGAAUUACCUGCAUUAAAAUCCCAACUGUUGACUGAGAAGGAAAAUAUAUUGAAGAAACAAAUCCUUAUGGAAACGAGAGUCGAUACAGUUAAAUCGAGCUUCUCCACUGAAAAAAAUCGGUAUGCUCAAAUAGAAUCAGACAUCAAGUCUUCCGGUAACAAAGCGAGAGAGAAGAUCACUCUAAAGGAAAACAAACUCCUAGAUGAACUGAAAGAAGUUUCAGAAAAGCACAUUGGGCAAAUGACAGAUGACAUUAAGUCAGGGGAAAUAUCAGUACAGAUGUACCGACAACAGGCUGAACUGAUAGACCAGACUCUACGGUCUGAAUGUGACAUGGAUGUGUAUGAGAUGUAUCAGGGGUGUGAGGCCGGUGAUGUGGAGGCUGUCGGGGACGCAGACCUGAAGGAAAAGGGGAGACUAGCCAGGAUCAUGUUCAAACAGGACACGGACAAGCUGAGUAGAGCACUGGACGAUCUACAGCUGGGUGAAAUAGUCGUCCUGUUUGAAGGUGUGUUGGACCUGAAGGGCUCUCCCGUGUUACAGGACUCCAUCAACGUGCUGGAUCUGACGGUUACACCUGUGUUACGAGACACGAUUAACGUCACGGUAGCAGGAGAUGUGAAUGAAUCAAGGCCCAUUGACGUGAUAACGCUGGUGAUAAAUGAUACAGAUACAGUUGUAACGACAGACUGGAACAACAACAGUGUGAAGUCCUUUUAUACCAGAGAUAACCAAUCAUGCCAUAGUAAGCUCAGCCUUGAUAGCACACCGUGGAGUCUGACAAACUUACAACACAACCAAGUUGCGGUCACUGUACAUAAUAAUACGAUCGUAAUGGUUCAAGUCAACCCUGACCUUGUGAUGCUCUCAACAAUCGCAACAAGUAAACAGUACUGUGGUAUAACGUCUCUGACACCGUCAACACUAGCGGCAAGUUCUCAGUCUCCUCCCUGUGUGGAUAUUCUGGACAUGACAGGAAACGUACUGAGGUCAAUCAGCCCACUCAGUGGUGGAGAGAAGAUCCUACAAUCUCCUUUCUUUCUUUGUACCACAGGAACAGGAAACAUCCUUGUGACGGACUACAAUUGCAUGUGUGUCCUGUGCCUGACAACUGAAGGGGACGUUACGUUCACCUACCUCACAUCACGAACAAGUCCACUGGGCAUCACAAGUACCAGCACAGGCGACAUCCUGUUUGCUGAUUCUCAAGAUAAUGUUGUUCAUCUGACUAAGACAGGACAGUUUGUUAGAAACAUACUUACUGCAGAUGGCAGUGUCAGAAGUCCAUACGGGGUUUGUGUAGAUGGAUGUGACCAUGUGUAUGUAUGUAAUUACUUCUCAGAUGAAAUCAAAGUAUUCACUUGUAGUGACACAGCAUAAGACUGUUCAUUCAUAAUAAACCGCCCAUUCCACCUGAUAAUAUGAUAAUUAACAAUAAAAACUGCAGUUUCUGACGGGUAUAAACACAUCAUAUGUGUACCCACAUUGUGAGCAUACAAUCACACCGAACCAAUAGCCUUUCUUCCCUGAUUGUCGACUAUCUAAACACGUGUUCAUAGCCAAUAAACAGACUGGCAUGUCCUUUAACGGCUAAUAAAGGCUACAGGGAUCUCUGCACUUGCCAGCAUUAAAUUUAAUUUUGAAAAGAUCAACUUCAUCUGUCUGUUUGUAAAACCGAACAAAGCUAGAUGCACCGAUGCAUAUAAACAUUAAUUUAUUGGCUUUUGAGAUUCCAUACAUAAUGUAUCCAAAGUUAGUGCACUAGUACUCUUUUGUUAAGUGUUCGUAUGUCAUUCAGGAAUUCCUUUUAAUCAUUGUUAUUCAAGAUAAAAUUCUGGUCGUGUUGAGACAAGUUAUGUAAACCAAAGCAUUUGUGAAUAUCUUCUUUCAACACAAGUUCAGCAGUUAUUAAGUGUAUAGUUUGUUAACAUUCUUCUUACCAGAAAUAUAUCAAUAAACGAUAUGUGUUCAGUUUGAAAAUGACUUUUGUUCACACACAAGUUCCUUCCAAAUUUGCCUUCCAAAUUUAAGAUGUCCGUGUUUUCAAUACCAACAGGAUUCAUUUCGUAUUUGAAGUAUUUUUAUCCUUCUUUAAAUGUCAAACAUUUAUGUGUAUCUUUGAGAAGAAGUAAUUUUGAUUUGAUUUCAAAUUUGAUAUGCAUUCAUUUAAAUUUUGGUUUUGAAAUCACGUUAUGUUCGAAGGCAAAACGCCGUUUGCUUCUGGUAUAAGCAAAUCACAAGGUGAUCACGUGAACAACAUGUUGGUCUGUUUUAAUUCUUUGACACAUUGUUGAUCGACAUCUCAAACAGACGUCAUACUGAUUUUUACACACAUUCCACCUACAGGUGUAUCUGUAACAUACAUUCACGAACUCAAACAAACAGUUAAAUUAGUCAUGUUGCCACUGUGAGGUGUGCAGAGAUUGGCUACCAGGAUUCUUUGAUUGUGAAUACGAAUUCUUGAUUCGCAUAGAUAAUGAUUCGUGGUCUGCCAGUCCUUUACCAAUUUCAUCACACAUUUACCGACACGCCCUGCUACAACCGUAAUCCUGUUUCUUAUUCGCUUUAACGUGUAUAUGAAACAUAUAUAUAUACAUGAAUAAUAUAUUAAAAAUCAUUUU